CAAUUUUUGGCGCUGCCAUUUAUUUGUGAGUUUUGUUAACUAGAAACGAAAUAGUUUCCACCAUGAACGAUGAAAUAGAGAUUGAUCAGCUUAAGCAUACAAUAAUAGAAAAUGCUAAGUUUUAUAGAGAAGUUUACAAUGAAAUUUUUGACGCGACAGAUGAAGACCAUGAACUAAAUGAAUUGUUAACUGAGAGUGUGAAAACUCGCUUGAACAACGUUGCCGAACUGAUAGAACUAAAGGUUACUAAUAAAGCCCAAAACCAGGCUUUACAUUCGGUGAGAAAUUCGUGUGCAACUCUUGAAGAAUUCGAGGAGAAAUUCUCUGAAUUACGCACAGAAGCGGAAAAAAAGCGUGUCAAAGUCAAAAACAUGGUCGAUUAUAAGGAGGCAAAGAAGAUGUUGGAGAACAUGAAUGACAUACCUGAAGAAUCUGGUGCACGAGACAACGAUGACCUCGAGAUGGUGGCCACUGAUGGUGAUAUCUUCUCGCUGUACGAUCCUUGGUCAAAGUGUUUGCUGCGCAAUCCAGUAAAAAAUAGCAUUUGCGGUCAUAUCUAUGACAGCGAAUCAGUUAAUUCGGUUAUUAAAGAUAAUUUAUCCACUCGAUGCCCCAUACUAGGCUGUAACAAUAGAGACUUUAUAACACCAAGCCAUCUAAUUGUAGAUAACGAGUUGUGUGAAAGGGUCAAAGAACGUCUGACAACUGAGUCCAAUGAGGGGGCCGAGUCAGAUUCAGAAUAGUUUGCAUAGCUAAAAGACUGAUUUAAACAGCUAAUGCAGUGACCUAUAUUUGUACAAAUGUAUUUAUUGUUCCGAAACCAAAUAUAAAACAUGCACUAUCUUCUAUAGAAA